UGUGUGAGUGAGAGAGAGAGAGAGUUUAGGUACAUCUGAGAGCUUGCGUAAUUUAGUUGUGGUACAUGCCAUGUCUCAAAAUGCAUAGUGGAAAUACGCGCAUUUCAGCCUCAGUGAUUUGCAUUUGGCUGGUGAUUUCAGGAGCACCUGUCAAAGCAGUGGACAAUAUGAAGGGAGCUGCAGCUGCUUCUGAGAAAACCACCCGUCAUUCUCAGACUUUGUGUGCUGGUGAGCAGGAAUAUGUUCACCAGAGGAAACAAGUAGUUCUGGAGUCACUCAACAGCCUGGGAAUCAACUGCACUGCUGACUCUGUUCCCCACAUUGCUAUGAUGGCAUCGGGUGGGGGUCAGAGGGCAGCUGUGAGUCUGGUGGGUUCCCUCUAUCAGAUGGAAAAAGAAGGUCUGUUGGACUCUCUGCUGUACCUGGGAGGAGUUUCUGGGUCAACAUGGUCCAUGUCCUCCCUGUACAGCGACCCACAGUGGAGCACCAACAUGGACAAAGCUGUGUCCAGGCUGUCAGGACCUGGGGUUGAGCUGGAAGAGGCUCUGGCCUGGUUGGGUGAGAGGGCCAAGGAGGAGCAUUUCUCUCUCACAGAUGUCUGGGGGGUCUUGACCUCUGCUGGGAUCAUGAAACAGAUGGACUUACGACGUCUUUCAGAUGAGGCCAGCAGAAAUGCCUCCAACCCUUACCCCAUCUACUGCGCCAUAGAGAAGCAUUGCUUUUCAUAUGGCCCUACAGAAGGGAAAUGGUUUGAGCUCAGCCCUCACGAGGCUGGUUUCACAGAGUUGGGGGUCUUUGUUGAAACGUCUCUCCUGGGCAGCAAAUUCCAGGGUGGAGAGCUGCUGGAGAAGAAGCCAGAGAUGGACAUGGUCAAACUACAAGGUGUUCUUGCCAGUGCAUUGGCUCAUGAGAACACUAUCAGAGAUCUCAUCCCUCCCUGGCUUAAGGUGCCUGAACAUGUAGACGCUGCUGCAGAAGAGUACCUCCGUGUAUACAAUGCCCUUCAUAAACUAGUAGUCCUGACCAGAAGCACUAGAAAUGAUCCCUCUGCUUUGUCUGAGCUGGACAAGCUGCAGAAAAUACUAGAAGACAAAGUAAAUCAUAAUGAGUCUGCAUGGUGGGAGUCAAAGAGUUCAGAGGAAAGAAGAAAUCUUUCUCAGCAGUGGAGUUCUGAGCUGCUGGCGGUAGUAGAGACCUGGAGCCAAAAUCUGGAGGACGGAGCUUUCAAAACACAUGUCUCCCUGUUUCUUAAGCGAAUCCUUCCUCUGAUUGUGAAAUGGGAAUGGGGAACUACUGCAAACUUCCUCUACCAAUACCAAGAUGCUAUGGUACCACCUUGCCUCCGCUCCAAAGACAGAAUUCACCUGAUAGAUGCUGGGCUGCUGAUUAAUGUAGCCUACCCUUCAUUUCUGGGAGACAAGAGGGACAUCGACCUCAUCAUCGCACCAGAGUACAGUGCUGGAAACAUGUUUGAGACCCUGACUCUUGCCAGGGACUACGCAGCCGAGGUUAACAAGCCUUUCCCAGAGAUAGGCGACAUAAUCUUGGAGGACAGAGACUGGCCAAAGGACUGCUACGUGUUCGAGGGAAAAGAGAAGGAGCCCACGAUCGUUUACAUGCCGCUUUUCAACAGACAAAACUGCAAAGAUGCAGAGGAGUUCAAAUCAAAGAUGGAGGAGUUCUCCACCUUCCAGCUUCCCUUCAGCCAAGAGAAGAUUGAGUUUUUGUUGGAGAUAGCAAAAGCCAACAUAAGGAACAACAAGGAAACUCUGCUGAGGGAGAUGGACAAGGCUGCUGUCCGCCGACACAAAAGGCUGUCAGCAGGGGGAGGUGGAAAGUGCCAGAACUCUGAAUCUUGUCUUUUUGGUUUAGUGUGAACUAAAAUCUGUGCUUUCAUCAUGAACAUAAGACACAGAGUUCACUGGAAAUGGGUGGAAGAUCCAGUCACAGGAAACACAUAAACAGUCAUGUCAUAUAAUCAUAUUGUAUGUCUGACACUAUGAAUAAAUAUCUAUUACAUAUGUGA